GAGGUGCCACUUUUUUUACACUAUGCGGGAAGACUUGUUUGAGAAGAUGAGAGUAAAUGCUAAAUACCAGCGGAUGCAUCAGAUGUGUAUUCGCUAUUGAAGACGAGCUGUUUAUUUUAAAGUUAUGAGACAUACUCCUGACUUGCGUGCAAUGCUACAAUUGACUGUUUAAAAGGUGGAUUAGCUAGGUAUUUUUAUAUCUUCGGCUUCUUUGGAAGACUUGUGUGUGCUUGACAAAUGGUUAGGCAUUCUAAAACUAUAUAUUUUUUAUGAACUGACAUAGCAACCAAUGCACUUUGUUGUUGUGCAACUUUGAGGAUAAACAUGGAGAAAAUUAUAGAACAAACAACUUUUCUCUUCAUUACCAUUCAUUUUAGAUCAUCGAAACUGAUUGUGAUAUCUGAUCAACCAUUGUGAGUACUAACUGAUCCGUAAAAGGAACAAAGGAAAUUUAGUGACAAGGUAAAACACCUGCAAACGUGUCUCCAAAUUUUGAUGUUAUCUAUGCCAAAAGUCUUGGAGAUAUUGUGGAAGAAUUUUUAUUGUGUUCUUUUUUUAAUGUUUGACGUCGAAACAUUAUGAAUAACAUGAUCUUGUACUGUGAUGUUUUUAUUAUGGCAGGAUGUUGGGAUGUGGUUGGAAGAGAUAAAUCUUGGUAGUUUUCGCCAGAUUUUCAAAGAAAAUGGUGUUAAUGGGGAAUACUUGGAAGGCAUGCUUAUGUUUACAACUGAACAGAUUCUCCGGUUUAUAAGGCGAUGCCAUAUGAAGUGUGGAGACUUCAUCACACUAUACAAGGAACUCAGACGAAUAAAAGUGGCUUGUCUAAAAGGAGAGCAAAAAGUUCACCGGCCGUCGUGGGCGCCUUCAUUCCUUUCGUUAGUGUUUCUCAAGGUGGCAAAGCGCAACAGACAGUCUCGUGUUGUUUCCCUGAAGCUGGAACCCUGUUGCAAAAUUUGCUUUUAUGUACGUUUAUGUAGUUUUUCUUAUUGUUUAGAGAGCAAAAGGUAGGGG